CUACACACUAUUAAGCCGCGCAUCCGUAAAGGCAAUUCGAUUUGUUGUUUGAUAUAAUCUCAGUGCAAUCUACAUGUAUGUUCAGAUUGGCACCAAUCUUCAGAGGUGGGUGCCUUUCCAGAUUCUUGCCAUUAUUUGAAGCUCGUUGCCCAUUGUUUUCAGCAGCUGCAAAUUCUCUGCUACUUUCAUCAGAUAGAGCUAAAAAUGACAACAGAGAGAUUGAUUUUGGUGUUCUACUUGAAUCGUGCACCAGAUUGCACGUUCUUAAGUUCUUACAUGCGUUUCUUGUGGUAUCGGGAAAGAUUCAAAACAUCUUUAUCGCCACCAAGCUUGUCAAUCGUUAUGCCAACCUAGGUGAUGUUUCAUUUUCUCGCCGCACUUUUGAUCAGAUCUUGAAUAAGAAUGUUUUCACAUGGAAUUCAAUGGUUUCUUCUUAUGUUCGUAGAGGCCAUUUCUGGGAAGCUUUGGAUUGUUUCUACCAUUUUUCGCUGACCUCUGGUCUUCGACCUGAUUUUUAUACUUUUCCUCCUGUGCUGAAAGCCUGUAGAAAUCUAGUUGAAGUGAAGAAGAUACAUUGCUCAGUUUUUAAGCUAGGUUUUGAAUGGGAUGUCUUUGUGGCUGCUUCCUUGUUACAUAUGUACGCCCGAUUUGGUCUAGCAGAUGUUGCGCGUAAAUUAUUUGAUGAUAUGCCUGUCCGAGAUAGGGGUUCUUGGAAUGCCAUGAUUUCUAGUUAUUGCCAAAGUGGGAAUGCUAUAGAAGCUCUAAAUGUAUUGGACAAAAUGAGAUUGGAAGGAGUUAACAUGGACUCGGUUACUAUUGCAAGUAUUCUUCCCAUUUGUGCACAAUCAGGUGAUAUUAUAACUGGGAUGUUGAUUCAUUUGUAUGUUAUAAAACAUGGAUUGGAAUAUGAUUUGUUUGUGUCCAAUGCCUUGAUCAACAUGUAUGGAAAAUUUGGUAUCUUGGAGCUGGCACUUAAAGUUUUUGACCAAAUGAUAGUGAGAGAUGUUGUUUCAUGGAACUCAAUAAUUUCUGCAUAUGAGCAAAAUAAUGAUCCAAUUACUGCCCUUAGGUUCUUUAACAAGAUGCAAAGAGCUGGAAUUCAGCCUGAUUUGUUGACGUUAGUGAGCUUGGCUUCCAUUGUUGCUCAAUCAAAUGAUCAUAAGAAUAGCUUGUCAAUACAUGGAUUCGUAAUGAGGAGAGGUUGGCUUAUGCAUGAUGUUGUAAUUGGAAAUGCAGUUGUGGAUAUGUAUGCCAAGUUGGGUGACAUAGAUUCUGCUCGUUCAGUUUUUGAAGGACUCCCUGUAAAAGAUGUGAUCUCGUGGAACACAUUGAUCACUGGCCAUGCUCAAAAUGGUCUUGCGAGUGAGGCAAUUGAAGUCUACCAGAUGAUGGAAGAGUGCAAUGGGAUAAUACCAAACCAUGGCACUUGGGUAAGCCUUCUACCAGCUUAUUCCCAUGUAGGAGCCGUGCAACAGGGGAUGAAAGUUCAUGGCAGGGUGAUUAAGAAUUGUCUAUACAUGGAUGUCUUUGUGGGAACUUGCCUUAUUGACAUGUAUGGAAAAUGUGGGAGAUUAGAUGAUGCUAUGUCUUUAUUCUACCAAAUUCCAAGAGAAUGUCCAGUCCCCUGGAAUGCCAUAAUAUCCUGUCAUGCAGUACAUGGGCAUGGUGAAAAAGCUCUAAACCUAUUCAGAGAGAUGCUAGAUGAGAGAGUGAAACCAGAUGAUAUAACCUUUGUAUCUUUGUUAUCAGCAUGUAGUCAUUCAGGUUUGGUUAGUGAUGGUCAAUCAUAUUUCCGUAUGAUGCAGGAAGAGUACAAGAUCAAGCCUCAUUUGAAGCAUUAUGGCUGCAUGGUAGAUUUGUUUGGUCGGGCUGGGCAAUUAGAAAUGGCUUAUGAUUUUAUCAAAAAUAUGCCACUACAACCUGAUGCUUCUGUGUGGGGUGCUCUUCUUGGUGCAUGUCGGAUACAUGGAAACAUUGAGUUGGGUGCAUUUGCUUCAGAUCGUUUAUUUGAAGUAGAUUCAGAGAAUGUUGGCUACUACGUUCUGUUGUCAAAUAUUUAUGCAAAUGUUGGGAAAUGGGAAGGAGUUAAUAAAGUGAGAUCCUUAGCUAGAGUCAGAGGAUUGAAGAAGACACCUGGGUGGAGUUCAAUAGAAGUGAACAGCAAGGUUGAUGUCUUCUAUACUGGGAAUCAAACUCAUCCGAAAUGUGAAGAAAUAUACAGCGAGUUGAGGAAUUUAACCGCAAAAAUGAAGAGCCUUGGUUAUGUUCCAGACUACAGUUUUGUGUUACAAGAUGUCGAAGAUGAUGAGAAGGAAUUUAUCCUCUCAAGUCAUAGUGAGAGACUAGCAAUCGCAUUUGGAAUCAUUAGCACCCCUCCUAAAAGUCCCAUCCGAAUAUUCAAGAACUUACGAGUUUGCGGCGACUGUCACAACGCAACUAAAUUUAUAUCACAAAUCACCGAGAGAGAGAUUAUCGUUAGGGACUCAAACCGUUUUCAUCACUUCAAAGAGGGGAUCUGUUCUUGUGGAGACUACUGGUGACAUGGAUGGUUGCCCAAUAUUGUCCUGGUCACCAAAUCCGGAUGUAUUGUAUAUAUUCUAUGGCAUCCAAUGUCAAGCAUAUAUUUUCAAAGUGCAGUUGGACUAAAUGAGAAGAAAAGGCAACAUGAAAGUUGUAAAGACUCAUAUUUUCAGAAAGGUAAUGUCAUUGAAGCUGUGGUGUCUACCAAACAAAAGUUGACAUAUUUUCAUAUUGCUAUUGAAUAAUGCAAA